GUUUUUACUGGAGUUCAACAUCUGUGGUCUGUGGCACUCUGACCGCUUUGCUGAAGCGUCGGCCCAGAAGAAGAAGGGAGACAUCCUGCAGCCGUGUGACACAGAGUACCCCAGCUUUGUCUACGAGCCCUCCAUCAAGGAGACCAACAGCCUCAUCAAGUGUGGACGCUGUCAGAAGAUGUUUGUAACCCAGGCUGUCCCUGACAGUAACCUGCUGAUGUUGGUGGUACAGGCAGACUGUGACUGUUCCCGUCAGUACCCAGCUAUCACCAUGGAACCCAAGGAAGUGAAAUAUAACGCCUCAGUAAAGUGUGACAGGAUGAAAUCUCAGAAGGUCCGUAGGAGACCCGAGUCCUGCCACGCCUAUCACCCUCAGGAAAAUGCCAAGGAGUGUGGAGACGCAUCGCAGAUCUACCUGUCUGUCUCUCUCUUCCUCACCUGUCUCACUGCCUCCUUCACCUGUCUCAAGGCCUCCACACUGGUCUUCCGAUGA